CUUGAUCUCGCACUGGCUGUACAGGCUGCAGCUGAUUGCUCAUCAAUUCUUCAUCCAAAUCCCAAAUAUUGUGUGAAUCUCAGCUCCAUUUUUAUUGUUUAGGGACUAAGCAUUUUACUUUGGGAGAAUUUCGAUUUCUAACCGAGUAAUGCAAUAGGCUGGACGAACUAUUCACUUGCAUUUCUUCGCAAUUUUAUUUGCCGAAUAAUUUCGCCGGAAUCGGAAAAUUCUUGAGUAGUAGAUGUUACGGGAGGAAGUGAUGACCUAGCUCUUUAUGCUAAUUGGAUUAAGUUGAAAGAAAUGGCAUCGAUUCGAAGAACGUUGUCGCCGUACCACGACCGGCCGUAUCAGAACGGAGGAAAUCCUUUUUCCAUCGAAUCGGCUUCUCACAAGGUGCUAUAUAACGGGAAAGCCUCAUCAACGUUACCUUCAUUCGGUCUCGGCAUUCUUAAAUUCUUCGCGGGAGGCCUUUUCCCUAAAAAUUCGCGAAAAGGCGUGAAUUCAUGGAAAAAGUGGAUUUAUAGGUGUUCGAUGUUUUUCUCGCUAGGGUUUCUAUUAGGUAUGGCUCCAUUUGGCGGAGUUGAGGAUGUUAGACGCCGUGAUUUCUCGUUUGACGAGAGUUUUGUCGCUAAGCCUGUGGAAAUUGUUAAGGAGGAAAAUGUGAAGAAUUUAGUGGUUGAGAAGCCAGAGGAGAAUUUUGUGGUGGAUAAAGUUGAAUUAGGGGUUGUUGAUGUGAACAAGAGGUUUGAUUUUGUUCCGAGGAAGCAGCUGAUUGUGGUGACACCGACAUAUAAUCGGGCGCUUCAAGCUUAUUACUUGAACAGGUUAGGGCAGCUCCUGAGGCUGGUGCCGCCGCCCUUGUUGUGGAUUGUGGUGGAGAUGAAUGCGGCGUCGUUGGAGACUGCAGAUAUUGUGAGGAAGACUGGGGUGAUGUACAGGCAUUUGGUGACAAAGAAGAAUUUGACCGAUAUAAAGGACAGGGGCGUGCAUCAGAGGAACACAGCUCUUGAGCAUAUUGAGCGUCAUAAGCUUGAUGGGAUUGUUUACUUCGCUGAUGAUGACAACAUCUAUUCACUUGAGUUGUUUGAGAGUCUGAGAGCAAUCAGUCGUUUUGGUACUUGGCCUGUUGCUAUGCUGGCGCAGAGUAAAAAUAAAGCCAUUAUGGAAGGUCCUGUCUGUAAUGGAAGUGGAGUAAUCGGAUGGCACACAAAUGAGAAGAGUAAACGACUUCGUAGAUUCCAUGUUGAUAUGUCUGGAUUUGCUUUCAAUAGUACAAUAUUGUGGGAUCCAAAGAGGUGGAAACGCCCUACUUCAGAUCCAAUUCGGCAGUUAGACACAGUGAAGGAGGGUUUCCAAGAAACUACAUUUAUAGAACAAGUUGUUGAAGAUGAAAGUCAAAUGGAGGGUAUCCCUCCUGGUUGUUCGAGGAUAAUGAAUUGGCACCUUCAUUUGGAAGCUCGUGAAGUUUCUUAUCCUAGAGGCUGGCUGCUUCAGAAAAAUCUUGAUGUUGUUAUUUCAAAUAAUAGCUAAUUUUUAUGCCUACAGCGGACAAAGUAUGUGUGAUCCUGGAGCUCAUCUCGUAGUCUGGUGGAGCACCUUCAUGUGGGAGCAAAUUAUUAUGCAGUGACUCCCAGCAAGUUGAAGCAGCUCUCAAAGAGAUAUGCUAGAGCUUGUUCAUUAAUCUUUUUCUCAUCUCAUGCCACGUCCAGCAAAGAGCAGAGGAUACGCCAGCAAAGGUUGAGGUGGAUAUUUUUUUUGGGGAAGUGCACUUUGUUUUUGUUGUAGAGUUUUGAUAUUUGUUCAGAGUUAAGGAGUGCUGAGCAGAGGAUAUGCCUGCAGCGGAAGUGCAUUCUAUUUUUGUUGUAGAGUUUUGCUAACUGUUCAUAGGUAAGGAAUGUUGCGGCUGCCUACACCAACCUUAUGCAGGUAGCUUUGCUGGAUACUUCUGAGAUACCAUUGCACAUUACUGUUAAUGUGCAUGAACUAGGACUCGGAUUAGAAUGAACAAAUAUGGUCUACAUAGUUUUGAAUUCUUUUAUUCUCUUUGGUAUUUA